AAGAAUAGCGCGUACGACAUAUCGCGUUUUCUCGGAGCACGAAAGGUUGUAAUAACGUCGUACGCGGGUUGAAGGGAGAGUGUGAAAAAAACGGCGAAGCUCUUUUUAGAAAAGUGAAAAGACAAUUGUAGUGUGUGUUUUAUUUUUUGUUUAUAUACAUGAUAAUCACUUGAAUUUGUUUGGAACACAUAGAAAUUGAAUAAAUCUCUGAUUAAACAGUUAACCUCAAUAUUUACCUACAUUUCUGAUACGCAAUAAUGUCGGUGGAUACACUCACCGACUCAGAGCUUCGUUUCAAGCUCGCGGAAUAUGGUUAUCCCGUUGGCCCAGUCACGCAAACUACUCGAAACAUUUUAGUGAAGAAGCUUAAAAAUCUUAUUGAAACUCGAGGAGGUUCUGGAUCUCGUCAUUCUUUAGCUGCUAGAUUUAGUAGUGAUGAUACCGAUGAUGAUGCGGCGCCAAUACCAAGCCGGAAAAAGAAAACACCCAACAGGCGCCAGACUAUGGCCAAUCCUAUGCCACCACCAGCACCGGCUCCGCCAGUUGCAACAGGUAUUUCACGAAGUCCUUCGAAACGUCGUACUCAAUCAAGAACAUCGGAGCCUAAAGAAGUUAAUGCUGAUUUUGAGCAAUCAGCCCAACCCGUGAAUUCAACUAAUCGAUCAUCAAUAACUAAAACUGUUACGAAAAAAUUAAAUAAAUUUCAUAAAGUAUCAGCUCCUAAUGACGGCCUUGAGACUGGAUCUGAUUCAGACAUAACUGAUGAGCCGGAUAAAAUUUAUUCCUCAGCAAAAAAAUAUUCUACUGAAAUUUCGAAUGCAAAACCUUAUAAUUCGAAAGAAAAGCAACGUAGUACAGUAGAUGUUGAAAAACCUGCAAGAAUUUCAGAACCAAUAUCAAGAGCUUUGAGAGAAGAAAAAUAUUAUGUACCUCCAUUUAAAACAGACAUAUCUCCAAUAGCUCUGAUUAAAGAUGAUCUUUAUAAAAAAAAAGAUGACAUUGAUGUCAUUCUUUCUCAAUAUGAAAAACCAUAUUUAUCUGAAUUUACUAGAAAACUUAGUUCUCAAGCUAGUCUUAAUUUACCUCCUAGACCUCCAUCUACCAGUGCGAUAUUAAGAUCAGUUCGGUCAGAAAUCAAAGAGAAUGAUACAAAUGGACAUUACUCUUCUCCACUAAAAACCACGUAUACCUCUCCGACUUCAAGAUAUUUUUCCUCCUCAAAUGAUAGACCGAGAGACAUUGUGACCAGAAGUUAUAAAUCAUCAGUAUCUAAUAAGGAAGAAUCCAGAAACAGCCAAAAUAUGGUUUCAAUGGCUCUAGUGAUAGUACUUGCUCUCUUCUUCGGCAUUUUGGCAAUUGUUUACUUGGGCCUUAUUGGAAAAUCUGAUUCUGCUCCAGCUCUUCCCAUGGACAACGAAAUUCCAAUAUGUUCUCAAACAGGACAUAAUAAACCCAGUGUAAACUGCUUACUCAAUGAAGAUGUGGAGACUACGAUGCAAUUACUUAAAAAACUUCGACCUAUUUUGAUGAAAAAAGCUGUUUCUGUAUCUUGCGAUAAUAAUAACGAAGCUCCUUAUUUAACUGAUUCUGAUGUUAAACAAAUGUUAAAAAAUGACAAAGUGAAAGAGAUUGAAAUAAUGAGUGAUCUACAUAAUGCCCAACUUCUUAUUUUUCAAAAUCCUAGCUGGGGCAUUUCUCUUAUAGCCAUUGAAGACAGUAAUGAUAUUUCUAACUCAGUUUUAGAUUCUAUGGAAAAAGUAUUUGAAUAUCGUUUAGCAGAAAAAGUAGGAAUGGUAAUGUUAAAUCCUGAUCUACCAUUAAAAUGUUUAAUUAAGCAAAAAUUAUUUGCUGUGCUAUCCACAAUAUUAAUUUUAGCUGCUGGACUUUUAGUAAUUUUUGGUGGCCAUAAGCUUUUUCAAUGGUACGUGAAACAUAAAAAAUCUGCUGAAAGAGAAGUAUUUCAAUUAGUCAGUGAAAUAAUCAGUAUGGUUGAAUUACAUCACCAAAGUGCUACAUCUACAAGUCCUGGUGGUAGUCAAGAUCCUUAUUUGGCGAUUAAUCAUGUACGUGACAAUUUAAUACCACCGAAAGAUCGUAAAAAAAUGCUAGGAGUAUGGGAUAGAGCAGUAAAAUUUUUGGAUGAAAAUGAAUCGAGGAUAAGACGAGAAGUGCAACAAGUAGCAGGUGAAGAAUUUCAAGUGUGGCGUUGGUUGCCUAAUGUAAAUACGUCAUCAUCAGCAUCACCAACGAGUAAAAAAACUAAAGUUUGGCAAGGACAAGCUUUUGAGACUAUGGAAGGAUCAGUGAACAGUCUAACUUGUUCGCCAACACCGUGUUUGAAAAUUCGUCAUAUGUUUGAUCCUGACGUAGAAAUUGAGGAUGAUUGGGAAGUUAAAGUCCAGGAUGCCAUUCUUGAAAAAUGUGGAGAAGGUGUAAAAAUUCUUCAUAUUAGAGUGGAUCGUAAUAGUCGAGAGGGAUGUGUUUACAUGAAGUGUAUGUCUCAAGAAGACGCUGGAAAAGCAUAUAGAGCACUUCAUGGCUGUUGGUUUGAUGGACAUCUUGUGACAGUAAAAUACCUACGAUUAGAGCGAUACCAUGAGCGUUUUCCUGAUGCUGUACGUUGCACAAUUCCUCUUAAACCCAGUAAUAAUCAACGGCUUUCAAUGCAGGCCCAUUAUUGGCAAAGUCCGAUGGAAGCAAAUUAACCAAAUUAUUAUUUUGCUGGAUCUGUUUUAAGAAGAGUACACAUCUUAAUCGAUAAGUAAAAAUAAUUUUUUAAAAUCAAGACGAUAAUGUAAAGUGACAUUUUGAAAUAUUUAAUUUCAUAUCACUGAAACAUGAAAAAGAAACUCUUAAAAAAGAGGAUGAAACUCUGUUUUAAAACUUAAAUUUGUUAAAAAUAAUGCAGCCAAUAAUGAAUUAUUUUAUUUUUUAACAGAUGUAGCGCAUUAUAAUAUUAAUUGAUACUUGAUACAAUUAUAACGAUGAUAAAAGAAGUUUCAGAGCAAAAUAGAUAUGAUAAUAGUUGAAUAGAUAAUUUUAACAACAGUGAAUUUUCUCUAAAAUUUAUAAAAAAUAACUCAAAAGAAAUAAUGAAUAUAGAAAAAUAGUAAAGUUAAUAAUUACAUUGAAUAAUUUA